GUUGUGAGGUUAUAAAGUGCCGCGCUCCGCUGCGAGCUCAGUGGCGGCCGCCUCAGCUCUGCUUUCGGCUGCUGUUUUGGCGCCGCCACGGGCCGCCUGCUCCAGCUCCCGGUCCCGUAGCCGGCCGCGCUCCGGCGCCGUCCCGGGGCCCCCUGCUCCGCGCGAAGCCCUGGCCCCGGCGGCCGGGGCAUGGGCCAGCGGCGCGGGGCAAGGCGGCUUCCGGCAGGGCCGUGACCUGAACCCGCUUCAGCAUGAAGACCCUCAUAGCCGCCUACUCCGGGGUCCUGCGAGGGGAGCGUCGGGCCGAGGGUGCCCGGAGUGCGAGCCCGAAUGGAGGAGCCGCGCUAUCACGCGAGGGCUCCGGGAGAUGGGGCACUGGCUCCAGCAUCCUCUCUGCCCUCCAGGACCUCUUCUCCAUCACCUGGCUCAAUAGGUCCAAGGUGGAAAAGCAGCUACAGGUCAUCUCAGUGCUACAAUGGGUCCUGUCCUUCCUUGUGCUGGGAGUGGCCUGCAGCGUCAUCCUCAUGUACACAUUCUGCACUGACUGCUGGCUUAUCGCCGUGCUCUACUUCACCUGGCUGGUGUUUGACUGGAACACGCCCAAGAAAGGUGGCAGGAGGUCGCAGUGGGUCCGAAACUGGGCUGUGUGGCGCUACUUUCGAGACUACUUUCCCAUCCAGCUGGUGAAGACACACAACCUGCUGACCACCAGGAACUAUAUCUUUGGAUACCACCCUCAUGGCAUCAUGGGCCUGGGUGCCUUCUGCAACUUCAGCACAGAGGCCACAGAAGUGAGCAAGAAGUUCCCCGGCAUAAGGCCUUACCUGGCCACACUGGCUGGCAACUUCCGGAUGCCAGUGCUGAGGGAGUACCUGAUGUCUGGAGGCAUCUGCCCUGUCAACCGGGACACCAUAGACUACUUGCUCUCAAAGAACGGGAGUGGCAAUGCCGUCAUCAUCGUGGUGGGGGGUGCAGCUGAGUCCCUGAGCUCCAUGCCUGGCAAGAAUGCUGUCAACCUGCGGAACCGCAAGGGCUUUGUGAAACUGGCCCUGCGCCACGGAGCUGACCUGGUUCCCACCUACUCCUUUGGGGAGAAUGAGGUGUACAAGCAGGUGAUCUUCCAGGAGGGCUCCUGGGGCCGAUGGGUCCAGAAGAAGUUCCAGAAGUACAUCGGCUUCGCCCCAUGCAUCUUCCAUGGCCGAGGCUUCUUCUCCUCUGACACCUGGGGGCUGGUGCCCUACUCCAAGCCUAUCACCACUGUUGUGGGCGAGCCCAUCACCAUCCCCAAGCUGGAGCACCCGACCCAGCAGGACAUCGACCUGUACCACGCCAUGUACAUGGAGGCCCUGGUGAAGCUCUUCGACAACCACAAGACCAAGUUCGGCCUCCCGGAGACUGAGGUCCUGGAGGUGAACUGAGCCAGCCCUCCGGGGGCCACCUCCCGGGAGGAACCAGCUGCGAAUCGUUUUCUACCAAGUUCUCGAGUGCUUUUUGUUCUGUAAAUUUGGAAGCGUCAUGGGUGUCUGUGGGUUAUUUAAAAGAAAUUAUAAUAAUUUUGUUAAACCAUUACCAUGUUAGGUCUUUUUUAAGAAAGAAAUAGUCAAUAUUUCAAGCUCUUUUCACUUCCAGUUUGUCCUGUUCUAGGUGGUGGCUAAAUCUAGGUCUUUAUGGUUUCUCGACCAACCCCUCUUCUUCCCUUCCUGAAAUGACAGAGAAAAGUCAGUCCUGGUUGAUUGGGGAAGAAGGACAGCCGUUAGUGACUCAGGCCAGUUUGAUUAUUCACUUUUUGCUCCUAGGGAUGGGAGGCAGAAGCCGCUUCUAAUCAAACACCUCUAUCCCCGCACCCCAUGCUUGACUGCGGGACUCGUCCCUCCUGCCAAGGGGAAGAGUCGGAGGGUAUAGUUGCCCAUUUUGUAGGGACAGUGGUGAGCAGCUGGAAUGUUCUAGCUUGAUGCUCCCUUCUGCCACCCUCGCCCCACCCCCAGUCUGUCAAACCCGAGCCUGGACAGCCUUCAGGAUGAGACAGGGUGGCGGUGAUGCAGUGCAGGCACAGGGCUGCUCCGGGUGCACUGUCUCUGGGAUCGUCAGCCACCAUGUUCUGGUUGGAGUGACUGGUUGUCCUCAAGAGGCUGAUGACAUGGACAAAGUGCAGACUCCAGGUUUGCCUGGAUCACAUGCUUCCCGGUGGCCUUGGUUUACCUAACCCAUAGCCCCAAGUCUGGGUGUGAGGACGGGGUCCCCUUUCUGUGCACAGAGAGGCCUGGCCCCUCUGAGUGGCGGGUUGGUUCCAGGACAUGCGGCCCCUGGCCCAAGCCUCACAUAUUGGUGCCUUUCUGAGGGGGUGGGGCCAGGGAGGAAACCCAGCGUCGCCUCUUUGUGUCCUAUUUUCUCUUGAUGAGAUCAUUGUACCAUGUCAGACUUUUGUAUGUGCCUGGACAAAUAAAUGGAAAUGAGCAGCC